AAAUUAGGAGCUGAGGAUGUUCGAAAGACAAGUUCUUGUGUUUCUGCUUUUGAGGCUUGUAUCCACCCUUGCACAAUCGACAAUCCCACCUACUAGUCAGACAACUGAUGAAACAAAGACCCUGUCUGGAACCCCACCUACUCAUGCACCUAGAGGGCCUGAAAUGGACCACGUGUUCACAGGACCAGUGACAGCAGUCGUUAUUUAUGCUGUGGUAUGUGGUAUCAUCGGUGUCAUCCUCCUCAUUGCUUUUGUCAUAAAAGUGGUGAAGAAAAAAUCCUUCAAUGUCCAGCCCACAACCUCAGGGGACCCAGGCUCUCCUUUAAAUUCUGUUGAAUCACAAAAUCCAGGCGGCGCAUAUUUGGUGUCUGACCACCUCUCUGACUAGGAAAAGUAAAUGACAAAUGAUGCUUCAAUAAAUAUCCAUGGAAGAACUCACCUAAGAUAAUGUAGCUGAUUCUGUUGGAAAUUUGGAAGACUAUCUAAAAAAGUUUGGUGUUUACUUGACCCCAAGGGAUACAUGAUUUGCUUCAUCUGAGAGACAAUUGGACCUGUCCUUUAUAGCUGAGUGUCUGUUUGAUCUUUGUAUUAUUUAGAGAAUGCAUAGCCUAUCUUGUUAAAAAAAAAAUGAAUUUAAGUGUUAGUGUAUCGACUCUCAUAAUGCAGUGCUAUUCUAGGGGGCAAUGGUGGGAAGGUAAGGGUAAAACUACAGCAUAAUCAUAAUGAUGCGUAGCUACUG